UUCCUUCUCUUUUUUAUUUCUUUUGUCUUUUUUAUUUUUGUUAUCAAAUCACAAUAAAAAAAAACAUUUGUAAAAAAUAAUCAUCAACGUUCCGGCACUCAUACUGCCACCUUAUAAAGGCAAACAAAAUUCGAGCAAGUGGGAAUAGUAACGAAACAUGGUGGUUUCGUUGCUGUUCUUACUGGCAAAUGUUUUUAAGCAGUCAAUUCCUCAUUUUUAGUAAGGAUUUUCAUUCGAACAUUCAGUUUCAGAGAGUCCAGUUUAAAAAAUUGCAAAUCAGAACGUAAAAAGGAGCCUUUUUGAAUUUGUCUUUAAAAAAAAGAAACAAGUCGUAGAAGUUAGUAGAUGUGAUUGUCGAUGUGCAAAACAGUGUCCUUAGAUCUGAGACUAGGGAAUCGUAAUGGCGCAUCGCGCCGUCACAUUUCUUGGCUUUGCAGAAUGUGGAACCAUGGUGCAGACGAGUUAUUCGUAACCGGAAGUCGCCUGUCCCGAAGGCGUUAAAGCGGGAAGCAGAAGGAUUUUCGGGAAAGAGGAGACGGUAAAAAUUGGGCGAUGUACGCAGCAGCAGGUGGCGCUAGCAUCGCCAACAGGAGGAAGCAGAAGCGGCUGCAGCUGAACAAGCGAGAUGUUGCCACUGCAUCAGCGGAUGCUGCAGCCAGGAACAGAACUGCUACAGCUAAUCGAAAAUUAUCACGUCCACGCGUAGUACCACAACCACCACCACCACCACCACCAUCAUCUUCUACACUAUCAGCGCCGCCACCGUCGUCAAACUUCCACUCGAGUAUAGAUCGACGACGUCGAAUAGAACAGCGGAACCAGAAGUUGGCCCCUCCGGCCUCUCCUAUUCAGUUUCCAAUUUCUCCACCUCCACUUUCCUUAGAAUCACCAAGUCCGAGGCCCAACAAGGCUUCCAACUUUCCUUUUCCACCUCCGUCCAUCCUCGACCUUCGAGUCUCGCCUUCUACUGCGGAACUACAGUGCGGUGGACAAGCGCCUAACAAAGCAGCAUGGCAAGGAUGCAACAACAGGCCUCCUCAUCCUCUUUCACCAGCGUCUCCGCAGAGCUCAAGAGAAGGAUACAAAACGAAACAAUGCGAAGCUCAUCGUCGGUGGAUGAAAAGAAACAGGAUACGAGAUGCGAGUUACUGCUACGGGAGCAGUGGCGAGGACGACGAGGAAGAAGGAAGCAGUUCAGCAAUCCGUCGAAAUGGUGAAGUGAGUGCAGCAGCAAAUACGAUGCUGUACGCAGGACUGGGAACGACAGCUCUUGGUCUCGUAAUUUCCUUUGUGGGAACCGGGGAAAAGGGAUUCACCAGUCCCCAGCUAAGACUGAUCGGCCCUUCCCUCCUGUGUGCCGGUUUACUCUGUUGCAUCCUCCGGGUGUUGCUCUGUCUUUGCUUCUGUCGUUGUGGACACUGUCGAUGGACACCUUGUCCCUGUGUCUCGAAGAAAAAACGGAAGAAGCAUAAAGAGACUGUGUCUUUGUCGGCAGAACCAUCGCUCCCAACAGCAUCGCUCUUGUCGCCCUUGUCUCAACCGGCAAUGCCUUCGUCCUGUCUAAUCUCGCCAGUGACAAGAGGACGCGAGAUUCUGCUCUCUCCUGCCCAGUUACACGAAUAACGAAUUAACACGAAUUAACGAACCGAUUUCUCGAAGUUGGACUUUUUCUACAAAAACCGUACACACCAUUCUACUGCCGGUCUGACAACCAGAGUGGAGCCACUCGCGAAUCAAAUAGACUAUAGUUCAACGUGAUUUAGUGCUUUAAUCGAAGGAACUGAGA